GUACAGGCCUGCAAGAUUACCUAGAAUAUUAUAUUGAAUUUUUUUAGAAUAAUCCAAAAACUGUAUCAAGAUGUCGGAUAUUAGCGUACCUAUCGAGUUCCAACAAGCCGUGUUGGAUUCGAAGUUGUACCCAAUGAAUACCAUCUAUAAAACGAUUGACGCAGGUUCAAAAUACUUAAAGAAGGCGGAACGUGGCCUAUGCGAAAGAGAAGAUGACCUGUUCGAUAAUAACGAAUCGUCAUGGGAAAUCUGUAUUCGAGAUUUGGAUACUGAGUGUGGGAAGGACGUUGACAAAUAUAACGUACACAGUUAUGAGAAGCUAUCUGGGUGGCUUGGUAUCGAACUUCUACCAACUACCCAUGGCUCGUCAAUUACUAUGGGAAAGAAGGAUCCCAGAUGUCGUUUUAUAAACAUAUACGGGAUGCAUUCGAUGUCGAAGUUGAGGCUCACAAGAGCUAUGCUUACGAAAAUCUUAACUUUUCACCAAGUAAUGCCGGCCUUCCUCGAGUUCAUAUAUGUGUUUGGCCAACAGGACGACUCUGCUGACCUGCAUUUUACCGGUUUUCGCGAGCAAGUAAUUCUCACAGAUCCACCUGAUGGUCUGAUCAUUCCAAAACUAGGUAGGAGUGGAAAACAUUAUCAGAUAUGUUUCAAUCUAAAAGGUGUCGCGCUGAAGUCGAAGAAUAAAGAUGACUUUACGCUCGAUGACUGGUCCAUUCGCCCUGCCGCUUUUCAUCACCAAUUCGACGUUUCCAACGGAAAUACGUUAUGGUUAGUUGUCAAAGGAAAUCAAGAGAUCCAAGAUCGCUUCAAAGAUCUGACAGGGAAGGAUGCUCGGGCUCAGGACAAAUGUUUCGACAGCGUUGAAAAAUCUUUUCGUUCGAGUUUGUCGGCUCAUUUGCUUUACUGCUACUGGGCUAUGGAAGAUUGGAGGUGGUGUAUCUCGUGGCUCGAGAAGGCUGUUGAUAAAAAGCACCGCAUGGCAGUCCUCGGACCGUCAGGAGUAGGCCAUGCUCACAAGACUUACACCCCUGCAGAUAUCCAAGAUCUGCAGAUAUGGGAAGAGCGUACGAGGCAAGUUAUCAUGGCUCUUGAAAGCAAUGUCGAUAUAAUGUCGUCUCUUGUGGCGUUUUAUCGCAGAUUGACGAGGGACAAGAAUUUCCCACUGAGAAAAACAUGUUCGUUGGAUGUCUGCUCAUUCGGAAACCAAGUUCAAAAUAUUACAGCAGACCUUAAGAUGCAGAUAAAGCGGGCUGAAUUUUUAAUAAGGACUAUUUCCGAUCGCAGACAGCUGGUCAUUCAGCACCUUCAAAGCCAAUCAGCUCACCGAGCAGAGCGACUGGGUCGUAGCAUGGAACAAGAACAAAUAUUUAUGCUUGUUAUAACAAUCGUCACACUUAUAUUUCUCCCCGCAACAUUUGUUUCGACUUUUUUCAGUACAGAUAUAAUCAAAUACCAAGGUUCAGAGAGUCCUGAGGGAUCCUUUUCCGCCACUGCGAUGUCCAGGUGGCUGGAAGUAACCAUACCAUUGACUGCUGUGACCUGCGGGGUUGCUUGGUGGGCAAGGAGAUGGAAGUUGACGAAGAGGAGAGAAAACGAACUUGGCCUGGAACGGCGGAAGACACACUGGAAACUGAUAUGUCCUUUCAGUUCUUCAAUCACCGUCCUGCCGUUCCAUGAAAAAGCGCCUCUUGAGACUAAAGAUUCUUUUUUGUGAAGGAUGACGAAGUAUCGUAUCAGGAUGUGAGGUACUCAAUUGCGCCUGUUAACGCAUUGCCUACGAUUGGUACCUAAUACGGCAUUUUGUAUUGGGCACAGACAGCACUUUGGGGGUCGAGAGGCCUAGGCUUCGCUUAUUGGGCUUCUACAUACCAGUCGUACGCGAACGCCUCAAAAGCGCGUGGUAGGAAAAUCAUUACAUUAAUUACCUGGGUACAUGUUAGGUACUUAGGUAGGCAACUACUAGGUAUACUAAACAUACAAGGCAGAGCAAAGUAGUUUUUAUUAUUAAUGUUGUACCACACAUAAAU